CAGCAGAAUGACCCAAUCAUGGAUGCGUACCUGUUGCACUGCAUCAACCACGUCUCGACGGCGGCGGGGCUCAUAAAGAAGAACAACGAGCGGCUGAAAGCGGGGGGCGCCGACGGAGGGGACACCCCCCGAGACCAGGGCUUCACCCGAGCUAAGGUGCUGAUCCUGCUGCCGCUGCGGAGCACGGCGCUGCGGGUGGUUUCCCGGCUGCUGGACCUGGCGCAGAAGGAGAACCGCGCCGACUCGAUCCAGAACAAACAGCGCUUCCUCGAGGAUUUCGGCGCGGCCGGGAUCGACGACGAGGACGAGGAGGGCGGGGGGAUCGAGAAGGUGGGCGCCAAAUCUGGCGGUGGCAGAGGGGGGCCCGCCGGGGGGACCCCGGCCGAGCAUGCGGCGCUCUUUGGCGGGAACAGCGACGACCACUUCCGGCUUGGGAUGAAGGUCACCAGGGGAGCAAUUAAGCUAUACGCGGACUUUCUGCAGAGUGAUAUAAUCGUGGCGUCGCCGAUCGCUCUCGCCACGAAAUUGGCAGAGCCACCGCCGGAGGAGGGCGGAGGCCCCGCGGACUUCCUCUCAUCGAUAGAGAUCGCCGUUGUAGACCGCGCUGAUGUGCUGCUCAUGCAGAAUUGGGCCCACGUGGUCACCGUGUUCGAGGCGAUGAACAAGGUUCCGCAGGCGCAGCACGGCACGGACAUAAUGCGCGUGCGCGAGAGCUUCCUCAGCGGCAACGGCGGUGCGUAUCGGCAGACGCUGCUGAUGUCAUCGCUGAUGUCUGCGGAGAUGAACGCGCUGACUAACCGCGCGUGCGCCAACUGGACCGGCCGGGUCAGGCUGAGGGUAGAUCACCAGGGGGUCCUGGGACAGGUGAUCCCCCAGGUGCGCCAGCUGUUUGAGCGGCUGCCGGCGGCAUCGGCGGCUGCAGACGCGGAUGCGCGCUUUGAGCACUUCCGGGCAAACCUGUGGCCGCGCAUGAAGGAGACGGGCGCCAAAGGCCAGCUGAUCUUCGUGUCGUCGUACUUCGACUACGUGCGACUGCGCAACUUCCUGAAGGAAGAGGGCGCGGCCUUUGCGGGGCUGUCGGAGUACGCCGCGCCGAAAGCCGCCGCGCGCGGCCGCUCACUAUUCGCCGACGGCCGGCUGCCGCUCGCGCUGCUCACCGAGCGCUCCCACUUCUACAACCGCGCGCGCGUCCGCGGUGUCAAGGACCUGCUGUUCUAUCAGCUCCCCCACCACGCGCACUUCUACCCCGAGAUGGUCAACCUGCUGCGCGCACGCGAUGAGUCAGCGAUGACUCACGCCACCGUCACCGCGCUUUUCACCCGCUUCGACGCGCUACGACUGGAGCCGGUCGUCGGCGGCUCGCGCGCGCGCAAGUUGCUCAAGAGCUCCACCGGCACCUUCCUCUUCUGCUGA